UUCUUCAAUCCAAUCACAAAUCACACAAUACAUACACAGACGAUGCUUCUCUCUGCAAUCAUUCCUCAAACUUCCCUCUCUAACCCUAACUCUAACCCUAACUCUAACAACAUCUAUUACACCUCUACUUCCAGUAUUUUCCUCUCACACGAAAAUAACUCCCUCAGGCCCCACAACACUUCUCGCAAACCGGUCCUCCCCAUCAACGCUUCCUCGUCCGUCACCAGCAACGGUAAUGAGACCUCUCUGCAAAAUUCCAGCUCUAGGGAAGACAGAAUUCGCCACGUGACGCACACGCUCUGUGAUGAGGAACCUGAGGGAGGAGGGACCGAGGUGUCUUCGGCUGCUGCUCUUGCGGCAGCUAUUCGCAGAGCUUCGACCUCGCCCGUGGAGUUUUCUCAGAAUAUGGAGAAGGACCCCAAGGGCAAACUAGUGCUGCCGAGCUCCGAUUUCCAGAAACUCUGCGUCGAGCAGCUAGACCUCUUUCGCAGAACCGUUGAUCCCAAUGUUCUUCUAUCGGUUUAUGUCAGACCCGCCGGAAGUUAUGUUAUGGACCGUCUAGAGCUGCGGAGAGUCACUACACAUCCAAGUAUAAAUGCAGCUGACAUUGUUAUAUUAAUUGGAAAUUUCGGGAUACCAACGGGUUUGCGUGCUGCAGAAGCAGCUCUUUCUAGUAAAAAGGUAGAAGUUAUACUAGAGCACAGGGCUGCGGUUUUUACUAUGGUUAAACACCCAUUUGUUGUGGGGUUUUUAGUGGCUGAGCUUCCAAUGAUGGAAAAGGAAACAUCACAAGAAAAUGCUCUGAGCAAGGGGGCUGACUUGUUUCACUGCCCGGCUCCGGAAGAAGCCUAUGAUUUGGCUCCAAAAGUGGAUAAGAAGCCCUGGGAAAUUCAAGCUCACAAGGAUGAGACAUUGAGAAUGUCCACAUUCACUAUGGAGCAGAAAUUAAAUGCUAUCAACAUCUCUUGCUCGCUAGCAAUGGCAUACGUAAUGGACCAGAAAGCAAUGCUACUUCAGCAAUCGUCAUGGCAAAAUAAUGUCAGGAUGAGCAAUUUGGUUGAGCAGAUUCGCGGUCCUCUUUCAAGCAUUCAAACUAUGAGUAAAAUGUUAUCCAUCCAGACUAAAAGAAGUGAGAUUGCUCAUGACAUAGUCAAAGACAUACUGGUUCAAGGUGAUCGAAUCAGGGAUACCCUUCAAGAACUCCAGGAUGCUGUUUAUUUGACAAAGGUGAAUAUAUUACACUAUAAUGAAGACACAUUGACGAAGAUGCGAGAUUCGACACAUGCCCAGCCUGAUUCAUUGAGCUCACAAUCAUCAGAUAACUUUUCAAUGAAUAGUUUCAGCAAUAAAUUGCAAAGUUCUGGUAAACCACUGUCUUUAAAUGCUGCAACAAAGGAUCUAGAGAUGCCUAUGCCACCUCUAGCACUUGCUCCAUUGAAACAAAAUGGAAUUAGGCCCUGCAAUGUUUCUGAUGUGCUGUCUGACUUGGUUGACGCCGUGAGGCCUCUUGCUGGUAAGCAGCAACGAGUGGUAGAGCUCAGUGAACUCUCACAAUGUUCACAAGUUGCUUUGGAAGAACCUGAUUUGCGCCAGGCUUUGAGCAAUUUAAUUGAGGGAGCAUUAUUGCGUACACAGAUAGGAGGGAAGGUUGACAUUGUGUCCACUGCAGCUCCGGCAGGUGGAGCCCUUGUCCUUAUUGACGACGAUGGGCCUGACAUGCACUAUAUGACACAGAUGCAUUCGCUCAAGCCAUUUGGAGCAGAACUGUUCUCUGAAAAUAGGCUUGAAGACAACAUGACUUGGAAUUUUGUUGCUGGCUUGACUGUUGCUCGGGAGAUACUAGAGAGCUAUGGAUGUGUUGUCCGUGUAAUCUCACCUCGUUUUACAGAUGCUGCCCUUGGAACUGGAGGAACUCGAAUUGAGCUUUGGCUUCCGUCUUUCAGUACAUAAUCUGUUCCAAACAUUCUCUCUCACGAGGCAUUGGAAAAAAGUCGGUCGUAUCGAGUUCCUUUCUGCUGAAUGCUGCCUUAGCUUUACCGCCAGUUUGAAAAUUGACAAGCUAUGGCUCUCAUUCAAUGAUUUUGUAAGUUCUUUUCCCUUCAACACAUUCAUUACGCAAAAAUAAUCUGGAUUCUGUACACAUAUUGUUGUAUUGCCACUGCAGUAUAUGCUGUGAUAAAAUUGCAUAUAUUGGAGAAUCUUUAGGAUUACUAAUGGAAGCCCUGGCAGAUGAAAGUUGUAAUAACUCCAUUAAUUGGAUGUAAGCAAUAGAAUGUAACUGAAUGUUGCUAAACUUGAACAUAACGAUGGCAUUUAUGCCUCUGCAUCAAUGAGGGAUUACUGGAUCUACUCUGAA